AUGACUCUAUUUACCAUUAUAGUACUUGCAUUGAGUAUAACCGUUGCAUCUGGUUUACCCUCCUACGGUAGUGGAUAUGUUAAAUCUCCAGCGUCUUCAUCAUCUGCUGCAACAAAGACAUUCCCAGCUCCUGCUGCCGUUUAUAAUUCCGUUCAUACUCCUGUUACCAUUCCUCGUCUUCCUUGCCCUAAAAAUUAUAUUUUCAGUUGUCAACCUGUUUUGAAACCGGCACCAUGUUCACCGCAUGCAACAACAGCAGCAGCACAUCGAGAAUCAGCCGGAGCAUAUUCGGAUAAUACACCUGUGAUUGUAGUGCCACCCGAAUUUGUUGAAGGAUAUCAAAGGAAUUAA